CUCUCGUCGUACUCCGGAGCACGGUAGAAAUUUAGAAAUAAGUGUUCCGCACACAAUACAACUGCGGCAGCCGGCAGUACGUAAUCUAAACGCGACCGGCCAUUCUGGCUCCUAUCCAAUCGGGUCAAAUCGAGGGCCCACAGCCCACUCCCUCAUUCCCCCACUAAAAUUAAGCAAAAACUCUCUCUAUAUUCUUCUCUUAGAUUACAAGUUCGAGUCCUCUCUUUCUUUCUUUUCUCUGAGAAAAAAAAAAUGGAGAUGGAAAUGGAAAUGGAAAUGGACGGCUUCGAUCGGCUGCCGGACCCGGUGAUCCUCCAGAUCUUCGACUUGGUCUCCGACACCAAGACCCUCAUUCGCUGCCUCGCCGUCUCUAAACGCUUCAACUCCUUAGUCCCCCACACCGACUCCCUCGUCCUCACCGUCGACCGCGUCAUCUCCUCCGACGCCGACUCCGACUCCGAUUCCGACUCCGACGACGACGUCUCCAACCUCCUCUCCUCCGCCCUCCGCUUCAUCCUCAAGUCCCUCCACAGCCUCCUACUCUCCUCCUCCUCCCCUACCAAACCCGACGACCCGACCCGGAUCCCCAACUCCCCCGCGCAGAUCCUCCGCUGCUUCCACCGCGUCCGCCGCCUCGCCAUCGACCUCCCCUCCGGCGACCUCCGCCUCGAGAAGGGGACCGUCCUCAAGUGGAGAGCCGAGUUCGGGAAGACUCUCCGGACCUGCGUCAUCCUAGGGUUCCGAUCCGUCGGGGAGGCUCCGUCCCCGGCGGCCGGAGGUGAGGCCGACUUCGCCGGCGGGAUGAAGGUGCGGGUGGUGUGGACGAUCAGCGCGCUGAUCGCCGCGUCGGCGAGGCACUACUUGCUGAAGGAGGUGGUGAGGGAGCAGGCCGGGCUGGAAUGUCUGGUUCUGAGGGACCGAGAGGCGGAGGGCGCGGUGGUUAUGGAGAAGGACGGGCUGAGAGAAUGUAGGGAAGAAGGUGAGGUGGUAGGUGACGAUAAUGAGGAAGGAUUGGAUAGGUGCAGGACUAGAGUGCCUAGUGUGAGGAUGAGGAUGAGGCAUGUGCCGAGAUUGGAGCUCAAAUGCGGGCUCUGGGUCGAGGGCGCCACGCUCGUGGUGGUCCGGCCCAGUUAUGGCGGUGGCGAUUUGGCGGUCGAGGAUGGGGAAUUGGCGUUGAAGGCGUUUGGGGAUGGUGUGUAUGGCGAGGUGGUGCAGAAGCUGGUCAAGGCGAGGAGCUAUUUGCUCGAAAUGAACUCAUUCUGAGCUGCAUUGCCGCGCAGGAAAUCAGAAACUGUUUCAGGUUUUUGUGUUUGUUUAAUGGCAGUGGUAGCCUGAGAUUUUAGAUACGUUCUGUACAUACUUGUUGUAAUUUGAUCAAAUAUUUAUGGAAAUAGACUCCUACGGUU